AUGAAUUUGCCCAACGGCGAAUUGCCAACACUUCCGUUAUUAGAACUCGCCUUCUCUCAGGGGAAAACAGUCUACUUACCACGUAUUGAACCUUUAUCGACUAAUAAUGACCCUCCUCGUUAUAAUGGCCAGAAAACAUGUCUUCAUUUUUUGAGGGUAGACUCUCUGCAAGAUGCUUUAAAUUUGCCGCCUCGUGGGAAAUACUCUAUACGUGAGCCGCCGCUCAUUGCCAACAGAGACGCGCUACCUACAAAAUCUCCCCUUGACUUGAUUGUGCUACCGGGCGUAGCUUUUACAUCUGAAGGUGGCAGAUUGGGACAUGGUGCCGGUUACUAUGAUGAUUUCAUCAAAAGGUAUAGAUCCCUUCAUAAUUUAACACCGACUCUUGUAGGUGUUGGUCUCCCAGAACAACUCUUGCCCGUACAUAAUAUACAACUGGAAGACCACGAUGAACAAUUGGAUUACGUCGUCAUUGCAGAUACAACCUUCUGCAGAUUUUGUAAGUAG